UGGUUUUCGUCCUUGGGUCGGUCUGUCCUGUGGAGAGCAAUCCACGUCCACCGUCCCUGCUCUCUCUGCCCGCCCGCUGCGCAUCUGCCCUUCUCCUCUGACUCCGCCCCGCAUCUGUCCGGAACCGCCUCCCGCCUGAGCUGACCCAGUGCGAGUCUGCCAGUCAGUCCCUCCGGACCUGCCGCGAGUCUCAGACUGCCGAAAUUACCGCGCGUCACUCGCCUCAACAGUGAUUCUGAGUCUGCUUUUAGCUUUCUUCUCCUUGGCUUUCUUCUGUUUAUGAACUGCUGCUUGGCCCAUAGCUUAGAGAAAUCAGCCUUUUUUUCCCCCUCUCUCAAGAGAGCCACCUCCCUGUACUCAGAAAGAUGGGGAGUGGAGAGCCUAAUUCUGCUGGCAAGAAAAAGAAGUACCUAAAGGCUGCCCUGUACGUGGGUGACUUGGACCCAGAUGUCACGGAGGAUAUGCUAUAUAAAAAGUUCAGGCCUGCUGGUCCUCUGCGCUUCACCCGAAUAUGCCGUGACCCCGUGACCCGCAGCCCCCUGGGCUAUGGCUAUGUUAACUUCCGCUUUCCUGCAGAUGCUGAGUGGGCCCUGAAUACAAUGAAUUUUGACUUAAUUAAUGGCAAACCUUUCCGCCUCAUGUGGUCUCAGCCAGAUGACCGCUUAAGAAAGUCUGGAGUUGGAAAUAUAUUCAUCAAAAACCUGGAUAAAUCCAUAGACAAUAGGGCUCUUUUUUAUUUAUUUUCUGCCUUUGGGAACAUUCUCUCCUGCAAAGUCGUAUGUGAUGACAAUGGUUCUAAGGGUUAUGCCUAUGUGCACUUUGAUAGCCUGGCCGCUGCCAAUAGAGCCAUCUGGCACAUGAAUGGAGUGCGGCUUAACAACCGCCAGGUGUAUGUUGGCAGAUUCAAAUUCCCAGAAGAGCGGGCAGCUGAAGUCAGAACCAGGGAUAGAGCGACUUUCACCAAUGUUUUUGUUAAAAACUUUGGAGAUGACUUGGAUGACGAACAACUGAAGGAAAUCUUUAGUGGCUAUGGGCCAACUGAGAGUGUUAAGGUUAUAAGAGAUGCCAGUGGGAAAUCUAAGGGCUUUGGAUUUGUGAGGUAUGAGACACACGAGGCUGCCCAAAAGGCUGUAUUAGACCUGCAUGGAAAGUCCAUCAAUGGGAAAGUUCUAUAUGUAGGGCGGGCACAGAAGAAAAUUGAACGAUUGGCUGAGUUAAGACGAAGAUUUGAACGACUGAGAUUAAAAGAAAAAAGUCGGCCUCCGGGGGUGCCUAUCUAUAUUAAGAACCUGGAUGAGACCAUCGAUGAUGAAAAACUGAAGGAGGAAUUUUCUUCCUUUGGAUCAAUUAGCCGGGCCAAAGUGAUGGUGGAAGUAGGGCAAGGCAAAGGGUUUGGUGUUGUCUGCUUCUCCUCUUUUGAAGAUGCUACCAAAGCAGUGGAUGAGAUGAAUGGUCGCACAGUGGGCUCUAAGCCCCUGCAUGUUACCCUGGGCCAGGCCAGGCGCAGGUGGUGAGAAUAAGAAUGCUCAAUUUGUUUCAGCCUUAAGCUGAUGCCUACUUAGUUUGGGCUCCUUUGUGAUAAGAGGUUAUUUUAUUCCAGGUUUUUUUUUUUUUUUAAGUGAAUACUUUGUUUUGGGGGAAAAAAAGUGAACCUAGAAAACCUUGUUCAUUUUAGUGAAGAACAUAAUUUCUAAUUGUAAAAUUAUCAUUUUUGUACUAUCUUUUGAUAAAAUAUCCUUAGGAAUAUGUAGAAUAAAAUUCAUCUCUCCACAUAUUUUUUUUCCUAAUUCAGUCCAGGUAAGGUUAUUGAUUGACUAUAGUUCCUUCCUUAUUCCAGUUAUAAUACUAAAUAUAAUUUCUUCUAUGAAAAUAUUCUCAAAAUAAACAAUAUUUCUGAAUCUAUCACACAGAAAACUUCUAACUUGCUUUUUGGGAAAUCAAUAGAGCAGGGGAAAAUGUAUGUGAUUCACUUAACAUUUGUGCAUAAUUUUACCUUAUUUAAAAUGAAUAUUAUUUUAAGGAGAUGUGAGUUUCGUUAUACUUUUUUUCCCCUUUUCUACUAUAUUGUGGGCAUACCACAGAGUUGACAGUGGCUUUGACUAAGUGUUGGGAGUUUUCUUUAACUUCAUGCCUAGAGAAAUAAACAUAUUGGUGUUUUCUCAAUCAAUACCUUAGGAAAUUAACACUUUAAGCAUAAUUAAAAUGAUGAGUUUCAUCUUAAAGAUCUUUCCUGAGAAAUUAAAUAUAUGAAGACAGUCUAAGGAGCAUUCUUGCCACUCAUUUUCUAAACUCCUUAGUAGUAUAGAUGGGUCAUGUUAAAAUAAAAAAAGAUGAAUAACUGCAUUGAAUUGCCUUUACCUAUAGAUAAUUUUAAAAUUUUACCUCCAUUUCUAUAAAGUGUCAGUAUAAGGGUAAAUAAUCCGUACAGUGAUGUGAAAAACUACAUUGAAGAUUAUCUUCUAUUAAACUUGUCAUUAUCUCUUGUAAAUUUUUGAAUACAUCCAUGUGAUAAUAUUUACAUAUCUAUCAAAAGUAAGGAAAAGCUUGUCUCUUGUGAUUAAAUCAUAUGCCUCCAUCUAUUAUAUGAAAGCUAUUAAUCCAGUAUGGUUCUCUUUAUGUCUGGCUGCUUGGAAGUUGUGACAAAAUGUUCUGUUCUAUAUUGCAGUUACAUUAGUUAGCAUGUUAUUUCUCGAUUAUGGAUUUUCCAUAUUUUACUUAUAGUCUCCUCUUUUCCCUACCCUUCUACCUUCCAUACAUAUUAUACUUUUGUGGGUUUUUUUACAUUGCCUUUCAUUUAAUAUGUGGGUGUUCAAAUACAUUUUGGAAAUAGAGAAAUUAUUACUUAAUUUAUGUAAAAUUUAAAUAAUUACUUUUAAAAAAUCAGAUUCAUUCAUAUCACAGUUCCAACCAUAAGAAAAUGUUUUGUCUUUAUUCUUAAUUGGCUUUUAUUAUGUUGUAUAGAAAUCUUAGGUUACAUACAUAAUGAAGUAUAAAUAUAUAAUUUUGUUAACACUUUUGUUAGCUAUGUGCCCAUAAAAUAAUGAGAAAAAGUUGUUUCUGUGUACUUGUUUAUCUACAAAUUGCAUUUAUAUUCAUUAUCAAGUAUUUUCAAAUGAAAAUCACUGCUUUUGUUGAUCAUAUACAUAAUACAUGCUCAUUUAAAAAAUGUACACAAUGCAGUCAUUUAUAAAGAAGUAAAACUUCCACAGUUCAGAGAUAACCAUUAUUAGUGUUUUUAAUGCAUACAUAUACUUCCAUACCUUUUCUCCUAUGUGUACACACACUAUUUAACAAACAAAAAAUAACAUACUAUAUGUACUGUGUUUUGUUAAAUUUUAAACUAAAACAAUCUUUUUAUGUCAAUAAAUAUUGAUCUGUAUCAUAAUUUGAGUGACUGCACAGUAUUCCGUUGUGUGGAUGUACUAUAGGUUAUCUAAGUAACACAUAUUGAAUAAGAUUUAUGUGUUUUUCAAUGUAUUCUACAUCUGUAAACAGUGUUGUGAUUAACUUCCUUGCUUAAAACAGUGUGCAUUACACGAGCUUGAGAAAAAGUAUCUAUAGCAUAUAAAAGCUUAAGUCCGGUAGAGAAAUUAAAAUACACAUUACAUCGAUAUAUGUAUCAGAAUUUUGGAAAAAACAUUCAAGAUAUAUCCUUUACUUAAAUUGACAAAAGUAAAACUAAAACCAAUGGGAUAUAAUUUUUCAUAUUUUCUGAGCCUACUUGCCCAAUGGUAUAAACAUUGUGAUCAUUAAAAUACAUGAAAACAAUGCAAACAGUUGUUUAUUUAUUUAAAAUAAUUACCUUAGUAAUUAUUUAAGUAAUUAAGUAAUUAAUUAAGUAAUUACCUUAGUAAUUAUUUACCAUAUGUACUCUCUACACCUUUUCACCCAUUACCAGUUUUCAUUUAAAUUUAUAAACUUUAAGUAUUAGUGUUAACUUAAAACCUUGACACAUGCUUUGAUUCAGUAUAAAUCACAAAAGAUUUCUAGUAGGUAAAAAUCUUCAAGUAUAAGCAUUUAAUACAUUUUGGGAAAUUGUUCAAGUAUUUGGUUAUUAUUUUCAAGAAGUCAGCCUGUAUAAAUAAAGGACUAAUUAAAAUAUGUCCAAGGACAGAUAAAACAUACAUGUUAGGACAUUGCAAAAUAGACAGAAACUCUGAAUUUAGUUGGUAAAAAGAUAAAGGAAAGAUAAUCUUUAUUUGAACAAAAACACCUGGGUAGCAUUCCCAUCUUGCACUUUUCAUUUUAACAACAUUUAAUAGACUAAUAAUUAAGGCUUCAAAUUGGGAGCAAACCAACUGGACAGCUUAUAUUGGUGAAAAGACAUUAAAAACAUUUCUUAGCACAAGAUAAUUAGUAAAAAUUAAUAGAACAGUACUAUCAAUUGUCAUGGUAAACUCAAGGAUAGACUGUUAAACACAAGUUUUGUUUUUCUUCCUUUAAAAAAAAAAUAUAUAUUUUUUUAGCUUUUCAAAAAAGUCACUGUACAAACUUCAAAUGUACCCAGGGAGAAGAAAAUUGCCUUGUGGGGUGCCUGGAUGGCCCAGUAGGUUGAGUGUCCAGCUCUUGGUUUCAGCUCAGGUCAUGAUCUCAGGAUCCCGAGACAAAGCCCUGCAUUGGGCUCUGUGCUCAGUGGGGAGUCUCCUUAAGUUUCUCUCUCCCUCUCCUUCUGCCCCUUCCCUCUGCUCUCUCUCUUUCUAAAAUAAAUCAAUCUUAAAAAAAUGAAUGUUGCUUUAUUAAAGAUUAUUUUGGUGAGACUUUUCUUUAAAGAAAAUUUCUUACAUAUAGUGGUGCCUUUCUGGUUGUAUCUUUGGUUAAAGGGAAAAAUAAAAUGUUAUAUGUGUAAGAUAUUUUCAGCACAAGGGAGAAAUAACUAAGAUUACUGUGUAUUUAAGGGAAUGUUUAGGAAUGGUGUAAAUACCAUCUUAUCUAUAAAUGGCCUAAUUUAAGGGAAUAGUUAGAAGUGUAUCAAUAAAUAACUGAAUAUAGAUGAUAUAUGUGUAUGAUAUAUAUGUGUAUGAAUAUAGAUGAUAUAUGCACCUACAGUAAUACCCAGAAUUUAUUUAGCAUUCCAUGAUUAUUUGUUGAAUUACCCUCCAUUUGUUUGCUUUUCAAUUCCCUUCUCAGAAUUUCACAAAUGAAAUGAAUUAGAGAAUAAGCCAUUUUUUAUUAAAUCUUAUCCCAUGAAGAAAUAAUUUGGAACCGAUUUAAAUAGAUUGGUGCUUCUAAAGUUCUGUUACUAGUGAAAUAGAAUAGUCAUUAUACCGUUAAGGUGUUGUCAAUACUUUUAUAAUCCUCAUGCUUUCUUUUUUGUUAUUGUUCAACAAUUGAUGAGCUUCUAAUAGUUGGCAUGACUCAAAUGAAAGUCUAUUUGUAUAGAAACAUUUUUUUAAAUAAAUUAAUGGGAUAUUCCUCCAAGACCAAAACUAUUCCACAGAGGGCCCUGCUCCUACAUUAAAUCAAAUGGGAUCACAAUAAUUCCUGAAAGACUAAUGCUUAUGCAUGUGAAAUUGUUUCUUACAUAUUUUAGGGUGUUACUUCCCAUGAAGUAUGACUUAGCAAAUGGUU